GCGGCGGCUGCAGCAGCAGGAGCAGAGCGCGGCGAGGCGUCGCGUCGCGUUUGCAGCUCCAGCGCGCCCGGACCAUGGAGGGCUCGCCGCUGCCGCCACCAGGGGAGGAGGAGGCGGCGGCAACAGCCCGAGCCGGAGCCGGCAGGAGCCCCAGCGCAGCCGGGCAGCGCUAGCCGCCGCGCCGCAAAACAGCCGAGCCCGGUCCCCGCCCGCUCGCCAGGCGCUGCGCUCCGGCCGCCGCUGCCACCGCCGCGCGUCUCCAUUGCGCGCAGCAUCUGCAGCCGCCGCCGCAGGAGGAGGAGAAGGCGACACCCCACCUCCACGCCCGCCCGGGACCCGAUCCGAGCCGGCGGGGAUGCGCGGGCUCUGAGCGCCCCUCGCCCUCCGGCCCUCCGCGCCCCCGGGGGCCGGUCUCCCCGCGCUCGCCAUGGGCAAAGACCAGGAGCUGAUGCAGGCGGUGAAGGCGGAGGACAUCGGGGCGGUGCAGAAGCUGCUGCAGAGGCCCAAGCCCGGCAAAGCCAAGCUCCUGGGAUCAACCAAGAGGGUGAAUGUGAAUUUCCAAGACACUGAUGGAUUCUCUGCCCUGCACCACGCGGCCCUCAAUGGCAACACAGAACUCAUCUCCCUGCUGCUGGAGGCUCAGGCUGCUGUGGAUAUCAAGGAUAACAAAGGGAUGCGCCCCUUGCACUACGCUGCCUGGCAGGGUAAGAAGGACCCCAUGAAGCUGGUGUUGAAGGCUGGCUCUUCUGUGAAUGUUCAGUCGGAUGAAGGGCAGAUCCCUUUGCACCUGGCAGCCCAGCACGGCCACUAUGAUGUGUCAGAGAUGCUCCUCCAGCACCAGUCCAACCCCUGCAUCCUGGACAUUUCGGGCAAGACGCCACUCGACCUGGCCUGCGAGUUCGGAAGGGUUGGGGUAGUGCAGCUGCUGUUGAGCAGCAACAUGUGUGCCGCCCUCCUGGAGCCGAAGCCAGGAGACAUCACCGACCCCAAUGGGACCAGCCCCCUGCACCUGGCGGCCAAGAACGGCCACAUUGACAUCAUCAGACUCCUUCUCCAGUCCGGGAUCGACAUCAACAGGCAGACGAAGGCAGGCACUGCGUUGCAUGAGGCGGCCUUAUGUGGCAAGACGGAGGUCGUGCGCCUCCUCCUGGAUAGCGGAAUCAACGCUCACAUCCGAAACACCUACAGCCAGACGGCGCUGGACAUUGUCAACCAGUUCACGGCCACCCAGGCCAGCAGGGAGAUCAAGCAGAUGCUCCGAGAUGCUUCCGCCGCCCUGCAGGUCAGGGCCGUGAAAGAUUACUGCAACAACUACGACCUGACCAGCCUCAACGUCAAAGCCGGGGACAUCAUCACAGUCCUGGAGCAGCACGCCGACGGCCGGUGGAAAGGCUGCAUCCACGACAACCGGACCGGCAAUGACCGUGUGGGCUACUUCCCUUCCACCCUCGUCGAAGCGAUCAGCAAACGAACAGGUCCGUGGGACGCUGGGCCUUACCUGGGGCAGUUUCAAGCCAUCUCCCUCCCGGCUGGAGGGGCCUCGGUGCCUAAUGGCCAUUCCUGCUUCUCCUCCUCCUCCUCCUCCAUCACCUCCUCCUCCCAUCAUCAGGUCCAUUUCCUGCCUCCACCUCCACCAAACCCCCACCAGCCUCUUUUCAGUUCCUUUGGCUACCGCCGGCUCCCCCACGGCGCUGUGGAAGGGCCUGGCACCGUCCCAGAAGGUUCCCGAGGGUCUGACGCCAGCCCGUCCCACUUGUCCCCAUCGCCAGGCGCUGGCACACCAGCCCCACCAGAAGAGAUCUGGGUGCUUCGCAAACCCUACGCAGGUGGCGACCGCAGCAGUGUGGGCAGCACGGGAAGCGUGGCCAGUGGGCGGAGUUCGGGGAGUGGCCAAAGCACCGGCAGCGGAGGCCACGCCCCCCUCCACCCGGGCUCGGAAGGUGUCAAGCUUCUGGCAACCGUCCUUUCCCAGAAGGCGUCUGUGCAAGAAUCCGGCGUGGGUGAUGGGCCUGCCAAAGCACUGGAGACGCCUGCAGGUUCUUCUCGGACGCAUAGUUUGGGCACCUCAUCAUACCCAGGGCAGCCCUACAGUGAGCAGCCGAAGAAAGUGGAGCCCAUGUCAGAAGGGAAGAGCUCAGAGGCUGUCUACCAGUGGCUAUACAAGUUCCAGCUGCAGCUUUAUGCCUCCAACUUCAUCAAUGCUGGGUAUGACAUCCCUACCAUCAGCCGGAUGACGCCAGAGGACCUGACUGCCAUUGGGGUCACGAAACCAGGACAUAGGAAGAAGAUCGCUUCAGAGAUCAACAGCCUAAAUAUCCCCGAGUGGCUUCCAGAGUACAAGCCAGCUAACUUGGCUCUCUGGCUCUCCAUGAUCGGGCUGGCACAGUAUUACAAGGUCCUGGUGGAAAAUGGUUAUGAGAACAUUGACUUCAUCACUGACAUCACUUGGGAGGACCUGCAGGAGAUCGGCAUCACAAAGCUGGGCCAUCAGAAGAAGCUGAUGCUAGCAGUGAAGAAGCUGGCGGAGCUGCAGAAGGCCGAGUACGUGUCGGGGACGCUGAAGAAGAAAGGGGCGCCACAGUCUCAGGACUCAGUGGCCAUAGAACCCCCUCAGCAGGAGGCAGCCGAGUGCCAGUCUCCCAAGAUGAAGACCUUCCAGGACAGCGAGCUGAGCAACGAGCUGCAGGUGGCCAUGACGGGCACCAGUGAGGAGGGGGGGACGGAAAAGCAGGUCAACCACGUGGGGCACUUUCGCGAAGGGGCGCCGCCCUUCCGGCAUUCCUCCCGCCUCGUCCACGAGAACAGCCUGAGUGGGAGAGCGAAGCAGAUUAGCAGCUCCCAGGAGCUGCUGGGAGACGGACCCAAAGCCACCAGCACCAGCAUGUCCAAAAGCCAGGAGUUCCUGGCCGAGGACGGGAAGGAAGGCCCGGCCACCCUGCCCAAGGAGGUGCGGAGUCUCCGGCACGGACACAGCAUCAAGAGAGCCAGCGUGCCGCCAGUUCCCGGAAAGCCCCGCCAAUCGUUCCCCCCUUCUGCGGGCCAUUACACUCCGCCGCAGACACCCACCAAGCCCCGCCCGUCCUCGCCACAGGCGCUUUCCGUGCCGCAUGCCACGGCCAAGGUCAAGCCCACACCGCAGCUGCUGCCGCAGUCAGACCGCCCCAUGUCUCCUCGCUCGCUGCCACAGUCCCCCACACACAGGGGCUUUGCUUACGUCAUGCCGCAGCCCGUGGAGGGAGACGUCCACACGGCAGGCCCCUUGGCGCAGGCGGUGCCUGUGCUGCCUGUCUCGGUGCCCGUGCUGUGCCUGCCGCCUCAAGCUACAGAGGGGGAAGAAGAGGGAGGCCGGCCGAAGAAGAGGGCUCACAGCCUGAACCGCUACGCCAUGUCGGACAGCGAGCAGGAACGGGACGAGCUCCUGGUGCCGGACGCUGUGCCUUAUGCCACCGUGCAACGGCGAGUCGGGCGCAGCCACUCGGUGCGGGCACAGUCGGGCGGUGAUAAGAACGUCAACCGCAGUCAGUCCUUUGCGGUGCGGCCCAAGAAGAAGGGGCCUCCGCCUCCACCGCCCAAACGCUCCAGUUCGGCCAUCUCCAGCACCAACAUGACCGAUGACUUCACCAAGGAAGGAGAGGAGGGCCUGGAACCGCCCCAGGAGCACCAGCAGAGGCGGGCAAGCGACUUUGGUGGCACAGUGGACACUGGCAGCGCUGGGAGUGUGAAGAGCAUCGCUGCCAUGUUGGAAAUGUCAUCCAUUGGCGGCGGCGGGAGAGGGCUUGUUCUGCAGAAGCCGCCUGGAGCUGGGAAGGGCCCCGACGGCUACUACUUGCAACCCGGCGUUGCGGUGCACCCGGCCAGCCCGGAGCACUCCCGUGUUGCCACCGUCCUGGCCACUGUCAAGCACAAGGAUGCCAUUGGGCCGGAUGGCGAAGUAGUAAACCGCCGGCGCACCAUCAGCGGCCCCGUGACGGGGCUGGUUGCCGCAGCUCGCCGUGAGCGUUCCGACAGCAUCAAGUCGGAAACGGGCAAAGAUGGCGGCCCCGUGGAGCGGCUGCGGGUGGAGCACGGCGGAGGCUCCCCGCAGAACAGCUCUGGCGAGAACAUCCCCUUUGCCGAGGAGGGCAACCUGACGAUCAAGCAGCGGCCUCGGCAGAUGGGGGUCGCCAAGGCUGAAGGUGGAGAGGGCUUGUCGCUGGCCCACCGGCACGGGGACCUCUCCAAGGUGGAGGCCAGUGCCACUCUCAAGAGGAGGAUCCGUGCAAAGCAGAGCCAACAGGACAGCGUCAAGUUUAUCCUGACCGAGUCGGACACGGUCAAGAGGCGGCCAAAGUCUAAAGACAAGGAGCAUGAACUGGCGCCGCUGUCUAUCUACCAGAACGGCACUGCCACCAUCAAGCGCCGGCCAGCCUCCGAGAUGAGCGGCGCCGAGGCCACAGCCCUCACUGAUCAGCAGGAGAAAUGUGACAAUACCUCAGCCCAGCUCCCUCCGGAAGGCGAACCCAAGAGGCCCGUCAAGCCGCCGGUUUCGCCCAAGCCGGUCCUUCCCCAGAAAGUAUCUGGGCCUCCCACGCCCACUUCCAAAAAGGUCCCGAUUCCUGGCCCCGGCAGUCCAGAGGUGAAGCGUGUCCACGGCACCCCACCACCGCCCAUCUCUCCUAAGCCCACACCACCCCCGACGGCGCCCAAGCCUAAGGUCCACGCUGCCCUGCAGUCGGCGAGUGCCAGUUCCACGCCUGCGCCGUCGCCUGCCAAGCAGCUGGCGCCCACCAUCAAGCCUUCAAGCACGCCUCCCUCACUGUGCUCCAGCCCGGCUAAGCCCUUGUCUCCCGGCGGGGCCCCCCCUCAGACAGUGCCAGUCAAGCCUCCCCGCUCUUCCAUGGCUGGGCCGUCGGUGGAGAUCGUCAGCACGGAGAGCGUGCACCAGAAGCUGGAGGAGACCAGCGCCUCCCUGGCUGCCGCUCUGCAAGCCGUGGAGGAAAAGAUCAAGCAAGAGGAUGGGCAAGCAGCAGAUUCCACCGCAGAAUCCAAGAGCACAGUCAGCAUUCUCGAUGACAUUGGCAGCAUGUUUGACGACCUUGCGGACCAACUGGAUGCCAUGUUGGAAUGAGAGCUGGGAAGCAAUCGCAGCCAACCUCAGGAUCUGCCAUGGGCACAAGGGCACAAUCAUCUCCAUGAAGAUCUUCCCUUCCUCCCCUUCCAUCUUUUGAGGUUUGCACAAAGAUAAGGUUACCUCAGGAUUGUGCUGAAACAAACCCAGAUGCUUGGGGAAGGCUUUCUUGGGGCUUGGAGUUUUGUGGAAGCGGCAAAGAAAAGGAAAGAGCCGCCGCUCUUGCGCUGUUAUUUCCCCCCUUCCUUCCUUAACACCUGUUUACUUUGGGGGAUACAAGGUGACUUCAAUUCUCCUAAGAAUGAAGCAAAAAGCCGUACGCCUGGGGCAGGAACUUCUGUUACCUGCAAGACGAUCUUCAGGCAAAUCUACUCCACUUGGUCAAAUUUGAGUCUCCUCGUUUAAUUUGGAAAGUAUUUCCUGCCCUCACCCCCUUCUCCCAACCAACCAAUCCCCAGUCGCUACAGUCCCCCAGUGUGUUAUCAAAAUGUGGCACAAAUAACUAUGGAGUCUUCUCUGGUUCUUCAUGUUUUCUGUUUGGGGUGGAAUCUCGUCUUAGUGAAACUCUUCUUGCCUUCCGUGUUGGUAUUGUUCCUUGACUGAGCACCGCUGUCCUCUCUCUCCUGUGCUGCUGUCUUGGUUCCUGUGCCCAUCUGCCCUUAUUGGGAAGCGCUGGAAAAGGCGGGGCAGGAGAAUGCCCAAGGGAAGCCGUUGAGUCGAGGAGGCUUUCGGCUAGCUGCAUGCUUCGUUUCUUUGUCCCGAAAGGUGUUUGUCUUCUCCUGGUGAUAAUGAAGCUGUGACUGUAAGAAGUUCUGUUCCGUUAAACGAGUCCCAUUUGAGAAAUAAGCUCCUUUUUCUUCUUCUUCUUCUUCUUCUUCUUCUCCUGUUUGUUUGCCUUGAAAAAAAAAGUAUUGUUCCUGGCAAGGGCCGCGCAAAAGCUUUGGUACAUUUGCAUGACUGAUACAGUGUUGAAACAUAAAAAGGGGAAAUGGGGAAAAAGGAAAACAAAAAAUCCUGGCCAAAAAAACCCUGUAAAUAUAUCCCUGGUGGCUUCAGGAGCUGCCAUAAAUGAAUAUUUAUUCCCGAUUUUUUCUUUUAAAGAUAUACAUAUAUCUCUCUAUCCUUAGGGCAGCUGGGGUUAUGAGCAUGAGAGACUUUGGUUGCACUCUCUCACACUUCAAGGCACUUGUUUCCAAAGAGUUUGUUGUUGAUUUAGACAAUGCAGCCCUCCUUAAGUACUGUCUACAGUGGUUAUUCCCGGGAGGAACAGGAAGUGGGGCAGAGUUAAGGAGGCAGUAAACAGACAUGGGCAAUAUAAUGUAUUGAUCUUGCAGAGCUUUUGGUGGAGAAGCAGCAGCACUGAGCAGGGGCCAGUGGUAGUUUUGUAGUCUAGCAGGAGUUUGGUAAAAGAGGACUCCCCUGCCGCUUCCAUUUCUGUUGUUCCAAAUGCAAUAACGGUUGCACCACAACUAUCCAAAUUGGUUCUGCCAAGGCGAGUGAAUUGCAAUAGUUAGCUGGGAUGUGAUUUCAGUCUCUGACUCUCAACUCGUAUCUCGUUUGCAAUUCUCAGCAGAUUGUGGACACACAACAGCUUGUAGUGCUGAGGAUGGUGGCUUGCUAGCUAAGAGAGGCCUGACAUGGAGAUGACCCCUGCAGAGGCAGCCCUGUUGGGCUUGCAGUGCUGUAUGGCCUGAGCAAGUGCAGUCUCCCAGGAAGGUCCACCCAAGGCGCAGGAACUUUUGGUGUGUGCAACUAUGAAAAAUGCGUCAGUGUCUGCACCACCUGUCUAGUGUCAACUCUUGCAAUAUCCUAACCAACCUGAGAGCUGUUGGGUGUUGGGAGAGGGACCACCAGCAGCAAGGUGAAGCUGUUCCGCCAGUGCCCAACAUUAUGUCUUGCUUGGUUCUUUUCUGGCUUAGGGCCCUUGCAAGGUUGAGGCUCUCAGCAUUGUAGGAGUUUAUGGGGAAGGAUCUCUCAACAGAAGGUUGGGUUCUAGGUGCCUCAAAGGCUGUAAGGUUAUCCAGAGGUUUUGUAGCAUGUAGACUGAAUUGGUCGUGACCUCCCUGCAAGUCCCCUUGUUCUUUAGUUGGUUGCAGUGGGGAUCUUUGUACAUUGCAGGGAGUUAAGGCAUGAGAGCCAGUCUCUGAAUGCUCAAAGCAUCAUGGGAGUAGCAGAGCAGCUCCCUUUGGAUUGGUCCACAGCUGUUAACACCUGGCACACAAGGUUCUUCUAAUCUUCCCGGCUGCCACAUCAUGGUCCCGUGUCAUUCUCAAAAAGAAGCACAAUGUUGGAAUCUCCAAUAACGGAUUAUCCACUCUCCUGCUGCAAUCUUCUCUUCUUAAAGCAGCAAUGGAAUACUCCUCUUCUUCCUUCCUGGGGCAUUUCUUGGCAAGGUAAAACUGUCCCCUGUGAGAAUCCAGUCUUAAGUUAAUCUUGAUGGUUGGAUACUUGAAUCAAUUACCAGUAGAGGAAACCAAGUGAUGGUGGUGGUGGUGGUGGUAGCCUGGCAGGAAGUGGAGGUCAUUUCAGAGUCUCGCAGCACCAAAGUUGACUAGCUUGUCAUGCAUUCUUUAUGGCAGUGGGCAAGCAUGAACCCGUGUUUUUUUCUGUCCUGUUGGACUGGAAGCUAUCUUGGCAUUGGACAUUAUUAUGACUUAACUAAACCUUUUGGCAAGUAUUUCAAGAUUACUGGUUUGGCUGUGAUGACUGGCCUGUAGUGUCUUCCAUCGAAGGAGAUUUUGGAGAUCCUUGGAAUGACAUUCUGCCCAGACCCCAUUGUUUUUAACAGUUGAAAUGCAUUUCCUACUGUUGAGCCCUGGCUGCCUUUUAAGUGUCUGUGGCCUGCUGCAUUUCAUCCUUCCCUUGUGGGCACUCUUCCUUUUAAAACCACCACAAGGACUACAGCCAUUCUUCACCAAGACAAAUCCAAAAAGGCAUCUCAAAAAUCUGUAUCUUCAUUGCCACUUGCAGCAGAAGGCUGCAGCUUCAGUCCCGGUGCUGUAAUCUCUGGGGGUUUUGUUUAACGUGCAGCGAGGUUUACAUUUAGUUCAUGUUGCCCCUAUAAGUUUUUGGACUCUUUCGGUGCUUCAGACACCUAAUUCUGAUCUGCUCUCUUCCUCAUUGCUGCUAACACUUGCACCAUGGCCAUAUCUUUCUCUAAAUGUUGCUCCCUUGUGUUCCAUCUUGCCUUUGGAUUCAUAGCUGUAUAAGCACCAGAAAUCAUCUGGCAGUGAUAGAGAGAGAAAAGCUAUCAUUGGAUCAGAGAUUUUGGUUGCUGUGGGCCUUCAGGCUUCCUCUUAAGAUAAGGAACCCCCUUCUGUUCCCACCAAAAGCACUGGAACCCUUCUUCCUAAGCAAGUAAUUACUCAGGGAAUUGUUCUCCCUGCAGUUUUGAGGCCAAAUGAUGACAUUAUAUGCCUUGGGCAUGAAACUUUGUGAGCCUCUGAGGCUCUUCUUAGGUCCAAAGUCAUCCUUUUUUUAUAUCACCUCACCAUUCACCCAUUUCUAAUGUUUAGUAACUGUCUGUGUCAGUCUCUCUCUCUCUCUUUCCUCUUUGUUCUCCUCUUUACUUGCAGCUCAUUUCAUUUUUUAAAAAAUCUGUAAGACAAGAAAAGGGGGGCAGCGCCCUGCCUUGGCUUGAGGGAUGGUCCACUCGCGAAUCUCAACCAAUCAGGUCAGAUCAACAACUCAGGAGAACCCCCUUCCAGCCGUCCUGCACCAUGACUAUUUUUCCAAGCAAGACCACCAAGCCUCUUAAACCCACUUGAUUUUGAUGCCUGUGCUUUUGCUACAUAGGGCCAGUGUAGUGACAGGCUGGAAAAAAAAGCAGAGUUGGGUUCUGUUGUUGAGUUUAUUAUUGCUUUGGUAGAGGGUCUCUCUUCCUCUUGCAACAGCCAUGUUUAUGAAUGUUCUUACAUGUGAAAACAAAAACAAAAGAAUUUUCUGUCCCCUUUGGCGUGUGAUAAAGGGAUGAGAAAAAUAAGCUAUAUAAAAGAAGUAUUAAUUUAUUGGAAAGAAAUUAUUUAAGAAUGGAUUUCCCACCCACCCCCAGAGAUAAUUAACAAAAAAAAUAUCAGAAAGGACUUUAAUAUAUAUUAAAAAGAUUUUAAAAUAUUAUCAACUGUAUAUUAAACAGUUUUAAGAGAUAAAAUUGAAAGAACUGGAGUUUAGCUUGACUAUUAGACUUAUAAUAAGCUGUGUGUCUUGUGGUGACAUCAUUUAAGAGUAGCACAAUGUUUUUUAAAAGGUACAGUUUAUCUUGUUUCAAAGUGUGCAAAAAUAUUACGUUUUUGUUAUAUGGGAUUUUUUUUGUUGCCAUGUUUAUUUUUACAGUUUUAAACAAAAAUCAAAGGAUGUGCCUUGUUUUCAGAAUUUUUGUUAAAUCUCAUCUCUCAGCGUGUUCUUUUCUGUACGGCAGUUUCUGUUUUUAAGUUGGGGUGUGUGUGUGAGCAGCCACAUGUGUGUAUAUGUGUGAGCGUGUUUAAAUGCAUGUGUGUGGAAGUAGGUAAUGUAUGCACAGCUGUAUAUCAUUGUACAAAUGGGAGUCAAUCCAAUUUUGUUUUUUUUAGAACUGGCUUUUUUUUUUUGGUCUGGAACAUCAUAACCUAUGGUUCCCUGGCACUGUGGGUAUUUUUUGUUUGUUCGUUUCUGUUUAUUUGAAAUCCAGGUGUCUAUGUCUGAGUGGUGACACUCGUUUCUUUUCUCAAGCACAGAUAGCUCUGUCUUUGCUGAUCUCCAAAAUGUGUCUGGCACAACUUUGAAAUUUCUUACAUUAAAAUAAAUAAAAAAUAAAUAAAACGACAACAUGAAGAUACCUGUUGUAAAAAAAAAAAAUUAAAAAGAAAGAAAAUGUAUCUUAAAAAAGAAAAGAAAGAAUAUUCCAAGAUUCUAAUGCUGGAUAUAUACAUAUUAUAUAUAUUAUAAAUAUAUUAUAUAUAUUUUUAUUAUUAAGUUAUGGAAACUGUAUUGUAUUUUUCCCAUUUCUGUCAAAGCUAUGCAUCUUGCUGCCAGCCUCCUUUCCUUGCUUCUUGCAUCCCCAACUGUAUUAUUAUAAUAUUUGAUGGCUUUUGUGGUGCUGUAAAAAAUAUUUGCUCCUAUUUAAAAAAAAAGGAAAAAAGGAAAAAAAAUAGAAGUUGUCUGGGUACAAAUACUUAAGAACAUGGGAAAGAUGCCCUCCUCGCUUGCCAUGACUAUACAUAACAUGACGUUAACACUAAUAAUAUUUUUUAUUGGGAAACGACCUCCAAAGGCAGUUUUCCAUGAGGUGCUAAACUGCUGGGUGCAUGCAAGGACGCUAUGGUGCUGAGCGAUCGGCUCAUGCUGCAAUUUUACAAUAGACAGGUAGGCGGCGCUGUGGAUGCACUGAUGGCCAUCAGUGCUUAAUAAAUGUCCAAAUUGUC